UCGCUUGUUUAACGGUAUUAGUCGUAUUUCGGUCGAGAGAUUCGAAACGUUUUAUCUUUCGAAAGAACGUUACUCUCGAUCGGUCCUUCCAAAAUAAAUUCACCUUCGUUUAAAGAAGAAAAGAAUAGUCCCGUGAAGCGCACCGCGUCUAGCAACAAAAGCCCGCGUUUCGACGCACGUCCCCGUCCAAAGAAACCAAAGGAGCACAACGGUCGUCACCAAACGGUUACCGUCCUGCCACUGUCAGCGCUAAUCGUACGCAGCAGCCAUCACGAUGACGGAUAGAAAAGAGGUCACCGGCGAAAUGGAUAACACAGAGGAUGUCAGGACAACGGUAGAAUUGUAUAUCUACGAUCUGACGAAAGGCAUGGCAGCUAUGAUGUCUCGCAUGUUGAUAGGCAGACAUUUGGAGGGAAUAUGGCAUACGGGGAUCGUUGCCUAUGGCAGAGAAUACUUCUUUGGUCCUGCUGGUAUACAAAGUGCCAGGCCGGGUGGUACGUAUUUGCGCGAUCCGCAAAAAGUCGAAAAGAUCGGUGAGACCUAUCUACCUUAUUCGGUCUUCCUUGAGUACAUAAACGGCCUGGGAACAUCCACGUUCGCGCCGGGCACGUACAAUCUCUUCAGGCACAACUGCAACACUUUCACGGAAGAAGUGAGCAAUUUUCUGGCGGGAAACGGUAUUCCCAAAUAUAUACUCGAUCUUCCAGAAGAGAUACUACAAACGCCAGUCGGACAAGCGCUAGGACCUUUGAUAGAAAGCUUAAGUAGCAACGCAAACGCGGGUUUCACGGUAGGGCAAAGAUUCGUAGAAGCGAGAAUCGAAAGAGAGGCUUCGCCGGAAUAUCAGCUUUUGAACACGGCAAUCGAGGAGGCAAGAUUGAAUUCGAUCGCGUUAGAGGAAAGGAGAAACGUGAUAAACGAAAAGCUCGCUAAGAAGGAUAGAAAGAAGAAAAAGAAAAAGAAGGAGAAGAAGGAAAAGGGAAGCAAAGACGGUACAGGAAGCGAUAGUAAUAGUACAGGGACAAGCUAUUACACGGACAUGGCGGAAAGCGAGGGUGCAGUGAGCGAGAUGCAAGCCGCGAAUGGUGCCACGAUGGAGAUGUUGCCGUCCGAUAGGGUCUUGCAAAUGGAGGAGGAAGAGAAAAGGGAACAGGAAGAGAAGAAACGGCAACGCGAUCCUCCUAUAGUAUUUAAAGACACCGUCGACGUGAAGACGGAAUAUGAGGGGUUGGUCAACUGUCUAGAAGGGAAAUUGAACGACGAUGAGAGAACGUGCUUGAAAGAACUUCGACAGUAUGUUCUAGAGAACGAGGGCUCUUGGGCUUUGGGAGAUUAUUUUUUAAAUUUUGUGGGACGCAUACUUUACGACAAGUCGUUAGCAACCGAGGCAAGGGUGAAGCUCCUUGGUGUACUUUCCGUUGCCGCUUUGAAGGACGACGUGAUACUUCUCCUGCAUCAGGAUAGAAGGGAACACAUUCUCAUGAAUUAUGCCUUCGAUAUAGAUCGUCAUCCUCCGGAAGAACAAUUACCGCUCGCCGAAUUUUUGGCAAACAUGUUCGAGAAUUUGAGCAGUUCCGAGUGGUUACUUUACAUAUCCGAAUGGCAACAUCAGAAUCAGAAUAUCAGCAACAUAAGGGUAACGACGAAGGUGGCGGUCCACUCCUUGCUAUCCAAUUCGUUCGAGUUGCAGACCCGUGGUGCGGCCAUCAUCCAUAACUUAGCCUGCAAGGAGGUAAAAACUGUGAAAAUGAACAAAAGCAAAAAUCUGCGGAGACUUUUACCAAAAGGCAGCAUUUCUAAGGUAUUCGACGACGUCGCCGUUGAACUGACGAUGGCUUUGCUACAAUAUUUCAAUGGGAGUCCAGCCGAGGAACAACUUUACGCGUGCAUGAAGUCCCUGGCGCGUUUCACGCAAAUCAGCGGACAGGAUGUACCGCAGCUGAUACAGAUGAUCGGACCAGAGCCAAACAAAUUUCGCGGAACUUCCGAGAGAAUCGACAAACUGAUCGAUCAAGUCAAUAAGAAGUUACGUUGAGGUAUAAAUUUCGUUUUGUUCGGGGUCUAAAUCUUUAUAUUCCAAAUAUGAUGGAGCAUACGAGUGUUGUUGACUGACAGCUGAAUAAUAGGAGGAAUUUUUACAUAGAGAUUUUAUUUCAAGCAUCUAUGUGCUUUUGUAAUAAUUAUCUAUUAUUAUUGUUGUUAUUAUUAUUAUCACUAUUAUUAUUAUUAUUAUCAUUACUAUUACUAUUCUUAAUUUAUAUUAUAUUCGUUAUUGUAUAAAUUGUUAUCUCUAUUAUCAUUGCAAAUUAUUAAUAAUAUUGCCAUUAAAUUAUUAUUUUAUGUUGGUACGGGUAGUAUUGCGAUUAUUUCGUAUGAGAUAAAUGGCGUUAGUCAAGGUUGCGUUUAACCACAUUUCUCUUUUUUCGCUUUCUUAUUAAAAAUUUAUCCGGAAUCGUAGGAAAGCCAAGUUGAGAAUCGCUACAUUAUAAAACUACGAUAUGCGAUGGAGCGUAUACGUAUGUAAGUUACUAACGUUGGCAGGCACAGUAAUCUUUUUAUAAGCCUCUAACAUCUUAUCUUUUCCGUAACGAAUAAAACACAUACUCGUGUUUUAUUCCUACUGACUGAAGCUCGUUGAACGACACAAGAGAAGACAAGAGAGUUACUAAGGAAGAAGAAAUACGGAUAAAGAGAGUACGUCGGUGCUCGUUAGCGAGGGGAAAAAAAAAAGAAAAAAAAAAAAAGAAAAAAAAAAGAGAAAAAAGAAAGAAAGAAAGAAAGAAAUAAUACGAUCUGACAGAAGGAAGGAGAUGGCGUUUACUUACAGCUUUGACGAAUAAUAUUUGAUGAUAAGUGUUUCGAAGACAUGAAUGAUACCUACUUACAAAAUGAUAUGCAAGCGAUUCGUAUUUCUGCUCUGGCCAGAUAAACACUGUUCCACCGCACACGUUUCUCCUUGAACAGAAAUCAUUCGCAGAAUCGCAAGAAUCGAAUUG